AUGGCGGUUAUUCCUGGUUUGUCGGCACUACCGAGUGCAAAAAUUUACCCAGAGGUCGUUGUGACUUUGUUGACAGCGAGUCUUGCUCUGAUCCCUCUUUAUUUCAUGUGCCUCUCGAUCUACAAUGUAUACUUUCACCCUCUGUCUAAAUAUCCUGGUCCCAAGUCCAUGGCAGCAACCCGAAUCCCAUAUAUGCGAAUGGUAUUAAGUGGUCGGUACCCACAGAAGACCAGAGAACUACACCAGCAAUACGGGGAUGUGAUCCGUAUUGCUCCAGAUGAGCUCUCUUUCACUGAUGGCGAUGCCUGGAAGCCAAUCUAUGGCACUCGUGUCGGCCACGGGCAGAAGCCCAAAGACGACCGGUUCUAUGUACCCCGAGCAGGAGCAUCUGAUAUCAUUCUCUCCGAUGAUGCCGACCAUUCUCGUUUCCGUCGAUUGUUGUCCCAUGCUUUCUCCGAUGCCUCAUUGCGUGGACAGGAGCCUAUCAUCAGUGGAUAUGUCGAUCUAUUGAUGAAACGUCUCCAUGAAAAUAUUGCCGGUGGAAAUAAUGUCGUCGACAUGGUGGCCUGGUAUAACUUCACAACCUUUGAUAUCAUCGGUGACUUGGCCUUUGGUGACUCCUUCGAUUGUCUCAAAAGCUCCAGCUAUCACCAGUGGAUCUCGAUCCUGUUCAAAUCCCUCAGAUACGGCCUUUACUCAAAUGUUGCUCGUCGUCUUCCAUUUUCCGAUUACCUGCUGGCCCUCAUUAUUCCCAAGAGUGCCGUCGCCCAGAGAAAGACGCAUAUCGAACUGACCACACAAAAGGUCGAAAAGCGGAUUGAGAAAUCCAACGAAAGACCCGACUUCUUAGGAAACAUCCUCAAGCAUAACAAUACCGAGAAGGGAUUCAGCUUCCCCGAGUUGGUCACUAAUAGCAGUACCUUAAUCAUCGCAGGCUCCGAAACUACAGCAACUCUGCUGUCGGGUGUGACCUAUCUACUCUUGCGGAACCCUCAAGCCCUAGCCAAGCUUCAAGAUGAGGUUCGGUCGACAUUCACCAAGGAAGAGGAGAUUACGUUGGAAAACUGCAACAAGUUAGACUACUGCCUCGCAGUACUCACCGAGACACUCAGAAUGUACCCCCCUGUCGCAGUGGGAUUGCCUCGAAUUGUCGAUUCCCAAGGCGACAUGAUUGCUGGGAACUGGGUCCCCGGAGGCACCAUUGUUUCGGUCUCCCACCUCUCCGCCAGCUACUCACCCGCCAACUUCAAAGACGCCGACAAGUUCAUCCCCGAGCGUCAUAUGAAUGAUCCGCGCUUCGCCAAUGACAGCAAGAAUGCCAUGCAACCAUUCAGCUUCGGUCCUAGAAAUUGCAUCGGACGCAAUCUGGCCUACGUCGAAAUGCGUAUCAUUAUGGCCCGCAUGAUUUUCAACUUCGACAUGGAACUCGCUCAGCCUGAGCGCGAUUGGUUGGAUCAGAAUUGUUACCUUCUAUGGGAGAAGUCGGGUCUGAUGGUCCGACUGCAGCCCCGCGAUAUGCAGAAGUGA